AUCCUCCAUCGCGAUGACCGCCAAAGGGAAGUGGGUGGCCCUGAAGGACCACGUCAGCGUGCCCCAGGAUGUGGACGGGGCGCAGGAGGCCAACCUGGAGAACGCCGACCCGGAGCUGUGCAUCCGGUUGCUGCAGGUGCCCACGGUGGUCAACUACUCGGGCCUGAAGAAGCGGCUGGAGCACAGCGACCGCGCCUGGAUGGCGCAGUUCCUGGAGCUGAGCGGCCUGGCUCUGCUGCUGGAAGCCCUGGACCGCCUGUCCGGACGCGGCUGCUCCCGCAUCUCCGACGCCCUCCUGCAGCUCACCUGCGUCGGCUGCGUGCGCGCCGUCAUGAACUCCUCCGCCGGCAUCCACUUCAUCGUGGACAACGAGGGCGGCUACGUGCGCAAGCUGUCUCAAGCCCUGGACACCUCCAAUGUUAUGGUGAAGAAGCAGGUGUUUGACCUGCUGGCUGCUCUCAGCAUGUUCUCCACAGAUGGCUACAGUCUGGCCCUGGAUGCCCUGGAGCACUACAAGAGUGUGAAGACCCAGCAGUAUCGCUUCAGCGUUAUCAUGAACGAGCUGCAGGCCACUGACAACGUGCCCUACAUGGUCACCCUCCUCAGUGUCAUUAACGCCCUCAUCUUUGGCACCGAGGACCUCAGGAAGAGGGACAGACUGCGCAAGGAGUUCAUCGGACUACAGUUACUGGAUAUACUGCCAAAAUUAAGGGAACAGGAGGAUGAAGAUCUGAUUAUCCAGUGCGAGGCGUUUGAGGAGACCAUGGCGGAGGAUGAGGAGGAGCUGCUGAGGGUGUAUGGUGGCAUCGACAUGAGCAGCCACCAGGAGGUGUUCACCGCCCUCUUCAACAAAGUGAGCAGCUCCCCGUCCUCUCUCCAGCUGCUGUCCAUGCUGCAGGCAUUGCUGCUGGUGGGUCCUGACCGCGCUGAUGUGUGGCAGGCCCUGGAGGCCCUGACCAACCGGGCCACCCUGCUGGCCCAAGAUGCUCCUGCAGACUCCACUGAGGGGGUCAUGGAGCGUCUGGUUUUCUCCAAGGCGGGUUCCAGCGACCGGCGCUCCCCGGACGAAGCUCAGCCAAGGAGGACGGACAGAGCCGUGCAGACAGACCGGAUGGACAGCGGGCAGGGGGCCGGGACCACAGGCUCAGAAUCCCUGGUCACAGCAUCUCAGUCUGUCACAGCGGCGGCGUCUCCACCUUCACCACCUCCUUCUCCUCCUCAUCCUCCCUCCGCUGCCCAGGGGGCCCCGCCCCCGGCUCCACCCCCUCCCCCUCCAGCCCCGCCUCUUCCACCCAUGGUGCAUGCAGCCCCCCCGCCACCCCCGCCUUUACUCGGCGGGGUGCCACCCCCGCCUCCACCCCCACCUCCUCUGCCUGGAUUUUCAGGUGUACCCCCACCCCCACCCCCACCCCCUCUGCCCGGAUUCUCAGGUAUACCACCACCGCCCCCACCACCACCCUUGCCAGGAGGUCCGCCCCCGCCUCCACCCCUGCCCGGAAUGGCCCCUCCCCCUCCUCCUCCCCCAGGCAUGGGCGGCAUUGUGGUGGCCCAGAGCGUCCAGUCGCUGGGGUGCUCCUAUGGCCCCCCACACAAGGCCGGCCGCUGCCCCACCCUGCGCAUGAAGAAACUCAACUGGCAGAAACUGCCCUCCCGAGUGGUCACAGACAGCUGCUCCAUGUGGACCUCAGUGGAGACGGAGAGUCCUCUGGAGCCAGACUAUUCCAGCAUCGAGCAGCUCUUCUGCCUGCCGCAGACUGAGCUCAAAAGCCAGGACGCUGCUCCUGUCAAGAAGGAGCCCAAAGAGAUAUCCUUCGUGGAUGCAAAGAAAAGCUUGAAUCUGAAUAUAUUCCUGAAGCAGUUCAAAUGUUCGAAUGCAGAGUUUGUGGCCAUGGUGGAAAAAGGGGACCGCUCCAAGUUCGAUGUUGAGAUGUUGAAACAGCUGCAAAAAUUACUCCCUGAGAAACACGAGAUCGAGACCCUGGAGUCAUACCAGGGGGAGAUAGAGAAACUGGCAAAUGUGGAUCAGUUCUACCUCCUGCUCAUAGCUGUCCCAAGCUACACCCUGCGGAUCGACUGCAUGCUGCUGUGUGAGGAGACUGCCUCUGUGCUGGAGAUGAUGAGGCCCAAGGCGGAGCUGGUGGUGCAGGCGUGCGAUGGUCUGAGGCAGAGCACCCGGCUCUCCAAGUUCUGUAAGCUCAUCCUCGAUGUCGGAAACUUCCUCAACUACGGAAGCCACACAGGGAAUGCCGAGGGGUUCAGGAUCACCACGCUGCUGAAGCUCACCGAAACCAAGGCCAACAAAUCCCGCAUCACCCUCCUCCAUCACAUCCUGGAGGAGGCAGAGCAGAACCACUCUGACCUGUUGAAUCUCCCCGAUGACAUUGAGGUUUGCGAAAAGGCCGCCGGAGUUAACCUGGACUCUAUUCAGACAGAGGCCGGCUCUCUGAACGUACGACUGAAAAACACCAAAGAGAAGGUUUCCUCGUCAGAAGAGGACAUCCAGCAGCAAUAUUUGACCGCUAUUGAGGAAAAUCUUGAAGCCUGUAGCGAGCUGGAGAAGCGCUUCGAAGUGAUCGACGAGAAGAAGACUGACCUGGCGGUGUACCUGUGUGAGGAUGCGGCCAGGCUGUCCUUGGAGGAGCUCUUCGGCACCAUCAAGACCUUCCGCGGCCUCUUCCUCAAGGCCCUCAAGGAGAACAAGGCUCGCAAGGAGCAGGCCGCCAGGGUGGAGAGGAGGAAGAGGCAGCAGGCCGAGGAGGAGUCCAAGCGACAGGCGGGGGAGGGCGGGCAGAUAAAGAGGAAGGGCAUCCCGCUGCAAGAGGAGGGCUGUAUAAUCGACCACCUGCUGGCUGACAUCCGGAAGGGCUUCCCUCUGAGGAAGACGAGGCCGAAGAGCAGGCGAGAGAGUCUUCCUCCGACUGAGUUACGCAGGAGUAGCGGACAGACGGGGCUAACAUCUGUUGAGGAAGAGGCGGGGCCCUCAGAUGCAGGGCCUGCCUCCUCGCCCCCUGGUGACACCCACGAUGACAACAGCACGGUGGAGAAUAAGCCCACCACUGGAACGGAAGAAACAGCGGACACCUCACAGACUGCUGACUCGCAACGUGCUGAGCCAGCUGGAGUAGUGAAUGGGGGCGGGUCUCCACCUAGCCCCCCUGCUGAGCAACCAUCACCAGUGGAAGUGUCUGAAACCGACCACUCAGCCUCCCCUGAAGUCAGAAACCCUGACACGCCUGCGCAGGACACAGACAAGAACAAGGAGGCGGCGUGCUCUGUGUCAUCUGACUGCGGCGUCGCGGAACGACAGGAGGACGUGAACGCCUGUCACGAGGACUCCGCCACGGACAUGAGGACACCCGCCAUUCCUGACGGCGCAGGGGCGAUCGAAAGCGGUAACGGAAACGAGCGCACUGACCACAGGCAAAACGACCGCCCCCACGGAGGCUCCGAGGACCCGGGCAGGAGUUCCUGUGACUCGUCUGGGGGGAGGAGCUCGGUGGACCCCGCCCCGCAGACGCCCAACCAGGAUCCAAACUCCACCGAGGACCUCACGGACGGGGAGCCCAAUAAACAAAAACCACUCCAAAGGGGCAAAAAGAACAGCAGCGAAGACGGUCGUGAAAGCAAGAAGCACAAACGUCACAGAAAGAGCUGCACUUUGCAGUGAGGUGGCUCCAGAAAGAAGAAGCACAAAGGACGAAAGAAAUACUGAGCCUCUCGCAAUGCUUUUCACAAUGAACUGAGCCCUGCCCGCUUGAAAUCACAGCAUCAUCUCUUUUACAUUUACGUAUGUAACAUCGGCCAUGUUUGUGGAGCAGGUUUUGUGCAUAGUGUACUUUAAAAGCAGGCGUGUCCAAAGAAGGGGCUCGUUUCAAUGUGGGAUGGUAUCUCCGCCUCUCCAUUUUUUAGCUCAGUGUUAAAGCACUCCCUGCCUUCAGAUCACCUGAGCAAGAAGUCUCCUCAUUGACACAGAAUGUACUAACUCUGAGUGCCUCAGCGCUGCCCUGUGGAAUUGUGGGUAAUGGUACACGUACCUUCGUGGAGUGCAACCAAUCAGCCGUGACAUGGAACUACACCAGCUUACUCUGCAUUUUCAUUCUUGAAGAAAAAAGGAUCAGAAAGGAUUAUUUUUACAUUGAGAUUGUAAUUA